UUACACAGCGAUACUCCAUUUCGACGGAGUCAAGAGACGAAGCGGAAACUGCCUUUUUUUAAAUAUUUGGCUGCAGUGCGGUCUCUAGUUCCUCAGUUGCUUGUGGCUUUCAGACAGCAGAGAGCUCUUCUGCACCCAUCCUCCUCCUCCUCAUCGUCUCAGACACUUUCUAUAAAGCCUGCCACUGGAGAGCUGUUUGGAUCUGCUCCUCUGCCCUCCAAACUGAACCGCAGCAGAGAAGGAAGAGACUCCCAAGAAUUAGUGAUUUAGUCCUCAUCACCUUGAAGCUCCAUGGAGACGUUACUGGCUCACCCGGCCAUCAAAGCUUUCAUGUGUGGCUCGCUCAGCGGGACCUGCUCCACUCUGCUGUUCCAACCUCUGGACCUGGUCAAGACCCGCCUGCAGACGCUGCAGAGCGGCAUGCAGCCCGGCUCAGGCAGAGUGGGGAUGAUGUCCGUGCUCCUCAGUGUGGUGCGGACAGAGACGUUAGUGGGACUUUGGAAAGGUGUUUUCCCGUCUUUUGUUCGGACCAUCCCAGGAGUGGGGAUCUACUUCAGCACCUACCAUUCGCUGAAGCAACACUUCCUCCAGGACCGCAGGCCAGGGGCGGUGCAGGCCGUGAUGCUGGGGGGCGGAGCUCGGACGGUGGCGGGGGUMGUGAUGCUGCCAAUCACGGUCAUCAAGACACGUUUUGAAUGUGGCAGGUACAGCUAUGUGAGUGUGUGUGGGGCUCUGCGCAGUGUGUGUCAGACCGAAGGCCCUGCAGCUCUGUUCUCUGGUCUGAUGGCCACUCUCCUCAGAGAUGUUCCUUUCUCUGGAAUCUACGUCAUGUUUUACAGCCAGACUAAAGCCUCGUUGCCACAAGAGAUCAGCUCCUCUCCUUCGGCCCCGCUGGCUAACUUCAGCUGUGGCAUCUUGGCUGGUGUUCUGGCUUCAGUGAUCACGCAGCCUGCCGACGUCGUCAAAACWCACGUCCAAGUGAAGCCACAGCUGAGGACCACAGAAGCUAUCAGAUCCAUCUAUGUGGUAGCCGUCUCGCUCCUCCUGCACUCUGAUUUAUCACGUCAGAAACACUCUGACCACAUCUUUUUCUUCUUGUUUUCUCCAUUAAGGAACGCGGACUCCAGGGCUUCUUCAGGGGAGCGGUUCCUCGCUCUCUGAGGAGGACCAUGAUGGCAGCCAUGGCGUGGACCGUGUACGAGCAGAUGAUGGAGCGCAUUGGCCUCAAGUCCUGAAGGGUGGCGUUGAUUAAGAAGUUUGCAAAUGAAAGAAGAGAUGAAGUCCAAGCGAGGAGCUCAAUAAGCGCCAGGCAGGAACUGGAAGUGCUGCAACCGCUUUAAUCUGAGGAGCGUCGGAGGCUUUAAGUGUCUGGAAACUUUUAACAGGAGCGGAGAGCUCAGAAAGCACCGAGUUCUUCAUUCACACACCACGAUAGACCUGAACAGUCUGCUGGAUGAGAUGUGGAGGAGUCCGCCUUUGUUCCUGUGUCUUUAUAACACUAACACGCUCGCUUAAUGAAGACAUGUUUCACAUUUAUUAGUGAUUGUACAAAACUGCUUCAACUCCACUGUUCAAAAGUCUCAGUCUGACUUUUCAUGACUCGAGGUUUUACUGCUGGGACUCAUUUCAAGGCAGAACAAUGAAGUGGUUCCAUUUAUUAUCUUUAAAGAUAAUGUGGAGAUACACCUCAGACAGCUGACCUUUAACCUCUGCAGUCGUUUAAAACCUGGACAAACUCUCAGGACAGGAAUCAAAGUUUAGUUAGUAAAACAAUGUCUUAUUUAAACUGAUCUGUAAAUGUUUUAUCAUGUUUGUUUGUUAUUCCUUUUUAAAGUUUGAUUUUCUUAAAAAUGCCCUGUUAAACCUUUUCUAAGAGUUACCCCUGUUCUCAGCAGAAGAAGUGUGGAUCUGAAUUGUUAGAUGAGAAGUUCUCAGGGUUGCUGAGAAUGUAUAAAUAAUUGUAUCUGUGCUGAUUUUUUUUGAAAGUUUUGCUUGUCUCUCCGGAAAAAAAGGAGCGCCUCCUUUUUUCUCCUCUAACAUGUUGUUACUUUCUGGUUUAGUGAAUAAAUAAAUAAAUUAAAUUAAAAUCAAUUCAAAUAAAUAAAACUKGAGUUAUUCCUG